UUCGAACCCCUCUGUCUCUCUUUCUCUCUCCCUCUCUUUCAGUUCUCUUAAUAUUUAGUUUCUUCUUCUGAAGUUCAUUUUUUCUUGAACUCGAUUCCCGCAGAGAGCGCCCAUGGCGGCCCGAAUUUCCGUAGCUGCGAACGCUAAAAUGUUCCUAAUCGAUCGAAAUCAAUUCCUCUUUCCGAAACCCAACUCCGUCAUCUGUUCCUCUUCUCUCUUAUCUCCAAUCGUCAGCCGUCCCCUCAGUGUUUUCCAAGCGAAGAAGAAGAUGAGCGUGACUCUUUGCUUGGUUAUGGAGCAGAAAAAGGUGGGGAUAGGUAGUACCGAUGAAGAAGAUAGCACGGAAGAGAGUCCCGAUGAGAUUAAUCCGAUCUCAGUGCGAACGGCUGAGAGAUUAGCCAGGAAGAAAUCAGAGCGGUUUACUUACCUCAUCGCGGCGGUCAUGUCCAGUCUGGGAAUCACUUCCAUGGCUGUUGCCUCUGUUUACUACAGAUUCUAUUGGCAAAUGGAGGGGGGAGAGGUUCCUGUUUCGGAGUUUUUCGGUACAUUUGCUCUAUCCGUAGGCGCAGCCGUGGGAAUGGAGUUUUGGGCUCGAUGGGCUCACAGAGCUCUCUGGCACGCUUCGCUGUGGCAUAUGCACGAGUCUCACCAUCGACCAAGAGACGGUCCCUUCGAGCUAAACGACGUCUUUGCCAUUAUCAAUGCCGUUCCUGCCAUCGCUCUCCUUUCCUUCGGCUUCUUCCACAAAGGCCUCUUCCCUGGUCUCUGUUUUGGUGCCGGUUUAGGUAUAACAGUGUUUGGUAUGGCCUACAUGUUCGUCCACGAUGGUCUAGUACACAAAAGAUUCCCUGUGGGACCUAUCGCCAACGUGCCUUACUUACGUAAAGUUGCUGCGGCCCACCAAAUCCAUCAUUCGGACAAAUUCAAUGGAGUGCCAUAUGGGUUGUUCUUGGGACCUAAGGAGCUAGAAGAGGUGGAAGGGUUGGAAGAGUUAGAGAAGGAGAUCAAUCGAAGGAUUAAGCUAUCCCAGGGCACUUGAUGAAAUCACAGCCGAUAAUCAAUUGGGGAUCAUCUCUUUUCUUCUGGUGUUGGAUUUGUAGA